AUGGAAGGGACAAGUCCUGCAAUAUGGAGUUCAGGCCAAUGCCCUAAACAACACAGAGGAAUCCUGAGGAGAGCUGUGUUCUCUGAGCAGCAGAGGAGAGAACUUGAGAAAAUGUUCCGCAGACAGAAAUAUAUCAGCAAGACAGAUCGCAACCGACUGGCCACAGAUCUCUGUCUGAAGGAAACACAGGUAAAGAUCUGGUUUCAGAACCGCAGAAUGAAGUGGAGGAACUCAAAGGAGAGAGAAAGCCUGAGCUCACGGCCACCUAUGGAAGAGCUCCUGCUUAGGAGCGUCCCAGAAAAAGGAGAAAUGGCGCAUACACAAACAUUCCCCAGAGUAGAGCGUCACACAUCCCAAACACAUGCUGACAAACACUUGAGAGAUCACACACAUCUGGCUGCUAACAAUGUUCAGAGAUAAGUGAUGUGUACACUUCAGUCAAAUCUUUUUGAACACUUGGAGUUUGUUUAAAUAGCGCCACAUUACUAUUAGUAUCACACAGAAAAAGGAGAAAAAUGAAACAAGUGUUCCACCAGAGACACCUAAAUCUUUAUUUUUUUUUUAAAGGACUUAUUAACUCUCAGAUCCUAAUGGGAACCAUAAGAAAAUUAAGCCUACAGAUGAAAGAUUCUGUGCUAGUAUGACUGUGUAGUAUGCUACAAUAUUAGUGAUCAAGGUAAAGAUUGCUCUCAUUAACAUAAUUUUAGAGUGUUUAUGAAGACACCACUGUUUAACCUCUCAAAAGCCCCACUUAUUUUUCAGUUAUUCAUCUAGAAAAGCAAUACAACAUUAUUCAGCCUUCAGGGCGAAUUAUUCAGUAACUAGAGUAAACCUAACAGGAGAG